AUGCAUUUCACCACGCUCUCUCUCACUUCUUUCGCUGCCCUGGCUGGUCUUGCUGCUGCCUCUUGGGACCAUGCUGACCACGGCGAACACCACGGCCGACACCAAGGUGGACAGCCAUACAGCACGCUAUGCUGGACGGAGUAUGGCACGCAGCAGCAGGCGCAACACAACACCCAGUGGCAGACCACGUACACCCCUUGUCCCUGGUCUCCGCCGGCAACUAAGACUGUGACCAUUCAUACGGGAGGGAAGACCGCAACUGUUACGCAGACUUCGACUGUCACCUCGACUUCGACGAGCAUUGUGCCGACUUCUUCGGGCUUCCUGCCCGUCCAAUCCACCCUGCCAGGCAGUACAUACGAUGGAAACGGCGGAGCUGAUCCAGUUGCCAAGCGGGACACGCUUCUGGCACGACAGGGCAACACUGGAGGCGGAUACUUUCCCGGCUCGAAGCAGAAAAUGUACCCUCACGGCGUUACAUGCAAGCAAUGGAGGCCAAGUCAGUGCCCUCUGCACACCGUCAUCACCACCGUCACACGCGGUCCUUCCAAAACCAUCACGGUCACGUCCACGACAACGGUUUAUCCCUCCACCACCACCGUGUACGCCGUUUGCGCCUCCAACAACUUGGCCGAUGUGUAUCAGGGAACGAUCAUCGGGAAUACUCUGCCAUCCAAUGUUCCCGCCCAACCCCAGAUCUUACUUGGUCAGGUCGGUUCUGCAUAUGACUGCUGCGUGUCGGCCGCGCAGGGUCCCCCGGGUUCCGCUUUCGGCUACAACAACGUUUUAUCUGAGACCAUUGAUGACAACAACUGCUUCUACUACGCGCCCAUCGUUUGUCCGGCGGCUGGAGCUCAGGCGGCGAAUCUGGUCACAGCUUACGUGGGGGAUGGUGGGUUUGGGCAGCUCACAGUGGGCAACUUGAAUUGUGGUGAAAUCAACGUCGUUGCAACCGAAUAGUGCCUCCCAAAAUGAGUCUUUGAGGCGAGAGGGGGAACGAGGAAGUGCGAUGCAGGGCGGUGACGGUCCGAGGAAGAGGUCGAGUGUGCAGUGGCACAGUCAGCUGAGAACCCGGCAGAAGAAGGAAACAAAGUGUAGCAUCUUAUUUUCCAGCAUUGCAUCCACAAGGCAUCCCGAGACCAACUACUCAAUCCCGGCGAGCUUCGUGAAGCCUGCAGAACCCAAGAGUGCCCUGGAGAAGGAAGUUGGAGAAAAGGGAAAUCCGGGGAGAAGAGACGU